GGAAAGGGGUCAAAACGACGUGCCCACUGCAUCGCACCCGGAGCCGCAAUAUAGCUUAUUCUAUUCGAUACCUACAUCUUUUAGAAGAUAUUCUCUUUCUUUUCUUUAUCUUUUGUUUCUCUUAAUUGGCUCAGAGCAAGAUACUGUUUAAAAAAACGCCGAGUUCUAACGAACACCACACCUGGACAGAGCCAUCCACUUAGUGAAGAAUUGCUGUCUAUUCUAUGCUUUAUCUUGCGACAGGUAGGCUUUUAUAAUGAGUUAUUACUCGUACGAAGCUCCGGAGCAUUCGGAUGGCAACCAUGCAUACAAGGCGAUUUUUGGAACAACAAGGCGUUCCGUCUCCCAUAACUAUGUGAACAAUACACCUCCUAGUGAAGAUCCCACGUCGAACAACCCUCCGACUGUUCAGCGGAUGCUCAGGAAGCCUCUAAGUGCUGGCACGGACAACGGUUUAGCAACGGCACCUAACGUGUGUCCUCCACAGUUUACGGGUGCCCCGGAGCAGCUCAUGGAAGCACCAUUUGCUUUACCGGCACCGUCAUCCCAACCGUAUGCUUCUCAGCGUAAUGCUCGAGUGUUUUCUCCGUCGUUAAAUUCGACGGAAAAAUCCUCUGAAAUCAGUAUUUUCUCCGCCGCGGGAACGGGACAUAAUUACCUGAACGAUUUCUCGCCCUUUGAUCCAUCCGCGGGGGAAUUCGAAACUGGCUCAUACAAGCAUCAUUCAUACACUUCCAGCGAAGCCAGUGGUCCAUUCAUUGCUUCUAAACCAAACUUAAAUCCAUUUUCAAACACCGCUUACACGAACAGGCUUUCUGGUGAAAGUAGAAGUCGUUUGAGUAACUCCAGCGAACUGUAUUUUGAUUCUCCGCGUGACAGUUCUGCAUCUUCCUCUACCAGUCCACUUGGCAAGGUUGCCGCAGUGCCUGCAUCAGUGUUUCAACAGCCAGAUCCCGUACCUCGAACGGGUUCAAGCGUCUCUGCAACAACUACGUUAAAUUCGCAGACGGUUAUUAGUUCGUCUCCCUCGCGUUACAAUGCUUCUCUGAGUGACGUUCCGACUGAAGCGACGAUUACAACGUCAAUACCUUUGUCCAAGUUCCGUCCUGGCUUCAAUACGUACCAGGGCUCUUUGGGAGCUGCUCGUGGCAGUUUGGACUAUCAAUCAACGCGAAACCAUUCAUUUGAUGCAGCGACUCUUUCUCGGAUUCGAGGUCAGCGUGAUCAGGAUGGCGUUCCUCUUUCGCAAUCCAUUUCGUCUAUGUCAAUAAGUUCUGUACCCUCAAAGACUGCUCCUGUACAGAAACGCAAAUCAGAGCUCACAACCCAGCUUGCUCCCGCACGUUCUCCCAGGCUAAGGCGUCAUCGGGCAUAUCCUGCAAUUUUGUCAGACGUUGCUUAUGAUUUUAUUUCACGGUUACAAUUGGGUGACAGAAUAAAAAAUGGUGUUGUCUAUACAAAUGCUUUUACGGGAGAACACGCUGUCUCAGUUCUUCUUCGUAUCACUCGUACAGCUGAUCGAAAUUUGGCCUUGCUAGUCGGUCGUGCUUUGGAUGCACAGAAAAUGUUUCAUGAUGUUACUUAUGACCAUCGUCUGCGUGAUUCUUUUCGUGAGGUGUAUCAAUUGAGUGAUCCUGCUUUCAACAAUGGCUACAUCCCCUCUGAAGUUUCUUCUAUCAACGAGAAAGGCCAACUUGAAACCCAGGCUGAGACUAUGAAUACUGAAAGGAAGCUUCCAAUUGGUGUCUUCACUAUCUUGACAAACUGUUAUUCUCCUACCUGUGUGCGCUCCGAGCCCUGCUACUCCGCUACUUGUCCCUGGAGAGUUGAACAACAGCAGCGUAUGUAUGCGAAAAUGCGGGCGAAGUUUCAGCUGGAACUCAGUCAGUCUUCAUCUGUUGCUUUUGACGACAAGGAACAGAAACUUUGGAUUUAUAGUGUUCCCAAAGAGAUUGCUGAUAGCGUCAGCGAAAGGGAAAAGAAGAGACAAGAGGUCAUUUGUGAAGUUAUCUACACUGAACGCGACUUUGUUAAAGAUCUUGAAUACCUACGUGAUUACUGGAUUAAACCCCUAUAUGCCUCUAAUUGCAUCCCUGAAGCAAAGAAAGAAAAGUUUAUUCGUACCGUUUUCCUAAAUGCUUUAGAGGUCCAUUCUGUGAAUUCAAAACUCGCAGAAGCCUUGACUGUCCGUCAAAAUAAGGAGCCCGUUGUACAACGCGUUGCUGAUAUAUUUUUGGAAUUUGUACCUCGUUUUGAACCUUUUAUUCGCUAUGGCGCUGGUCAGCUUUACGGAAAAUAUGAGUUUGAGACCGAGAAAGCUAAUAAUCCGGCCUUUGCAAAGUUUGUAUAUGAAACAGAGCGACUUAAAGAGUCUCGCAAGUUGGAAUUAAACGGUUAUCUCACCAAGCCAACAACCCGUCUGGCUCGAUAUCCUCUUUUGUUGAGUGCUGUAUUGAAGUAUACUGAUAGUGAGAAUUCCGAUACUCAAGAUAUACCGAAGGUUAUUGAACUAAUCAAGGAGUUCUUGACUCGAUUGAAUGUCGAAAGUGGAAAGGCGGAAAACCGCUUCAAUCUCAUGCAACUUAACAAACAGCUCUUAUUUAAACCAGGCGAACAUUACGAGCUUCAUCUACUGGACGACAAUCGUCAAUUAAUUUUCAAGGGUCCGCUGAAAAAGAAGAACGCUGGAUCUGCCUCUUUUGAAUCAAGUAGUGAUGUUCACUUGUUCCUUUUUGAUAAUGCACUUCUUCUUGUUAAACCCAAAACUGUUUCCAAGAGACAGUUCUUUAAAGUUCAUCAGAGGCCCAUGUCUUUGAUGUUUUUGCGGUUCUCGCUCAUUGAUGAUUCCGGAAACAAAAUGCCUACUUCUAAAAAGUAUUUGCUUCAAAGUCCCUUGAAAGCUACAGCGCAUAUUGGACGCCCUGCGAACAAAAUGUACCCUUUCAACUUGCAACUUCUAGGAAAAAAGGGUUACGAAGUGACAUUGUACGCUAGCACCGAAGUUGGAAGAGAUAAAUGGCAAGAACAUAUCGAAAGGCAGCAACAGGCAAUCUUUAAAAAGAGUCAGUGGUUUGAAUCAACUGUCGUAUGCAGAGACUUCUUUUCGGUAUCAGAUCGCGUAAACGCCAUCGGUGUCUAUGAUGGUGGACGACGCCUGCUAUUUGGUACAGAUACCGGUAUAUAUCUUUCUACGCGCAAACCACACAGUAUGAUUUUGGUUCAACCUAUACGCAUUCUCUCUUUACCUAACGUUUCUCAACUGGAAGUCAUUGAAGAGUACAAUCUUUUACUCCUUCUUUCCGAUAAAGUCUUAUACUCGUAUUCUCUUUCGUGGAUUUCUACUGAGGUUGGCCAAGCACCUCGUAAGCCAAAAAAGAUAUCUGGACAUACAAGCUUUUUCAAAGUUGGUAUUUGUCUUGGAAAGGUUUUGGUUUGUAUUGUUAAGAGUUCAACUUUAAGCACAACUAUAAAAGUGCUGGAACCAGUGCAACAACUUGCACGGACAUCGAAGCAGGCAGGUUUGAAGAAGUUGCUUGCUGUGUCACAGGACCCUUUACGUGUUUUAAAGGAGCUAUAUAUGCCAACGGAGUCUACCUCUAUUCACUUUUUGAAGAAUAAACUGUGUGUUGGCUGUACACGGGGAUUUGAGGUCGUGAGUCUCGACAAUCUCGAAACACAGUCGCUUCUUGAUCCGGCAGAUACGUCUCUUGAGUUCGUCGAACGGAGAGAGAAUAUCAAGCCUAUAGCAAUCUACCGAAUGAAUGGUGGAGAAUUCCUUCUAUGUUACUCUGAGUUUGCCUUCUAUGUCAACCGUAAUGGCUGGCGGUCAAGACCAACUUGGUUUGUUGUUUGGGAAGGUUGUCCCCAAAAGUUUGCGUUGUCCUAUCCAUAUAUCCUUGCCUUUGAACCCUCUUUCAUUGAAGUCCGCCAUGUUGAAACAGCCAAACUUGUUCAUGUCAUUACCGGCUAUAACAUUCGACUGCUAGCAGAUGGACGGGGAAAGCUCGGAGAAGGGGGAGAGAUUUUCUAUGCCACUGAUGAACGCACUGAGAACGGUGACACGAGUGUGAUUUGUGCUCUGCAGCUUGUGGACAAGAACCUGAAGCUAAAGACAUCUAAUACUUAAUUCCGGAGCAGGUUCCCGUUGCCAACUAUCCACAGACAUAUUUUUUGAUAAUAAGCAUACAAAAUUCAUUUGGGGUACAUUGGACGAGGGAAUAAUACCUAAAAAAAAACAAUAUUCCUGAAAGACGGCUGUGCAAUGAUAGGCAAUUUUUUGCUUCUAUUAAUAAACCAUAAUUUUCUAUUCUGUUUACUUAGACAUAACUAAUCCUCAUAAUCAAGGGGGUCGCCGUAGGUCCACAUACCGAUAUGCGAACGACGAGCGUUUUCCUGCAAUUCAGUCAAAGCCUCUAAGAGCGCGGGAUCGCCAAGAAUAGAGCGCUUUUUCUUUGGCAGAAGACUAGCAACACCUUCUUCAACCAGCUGUGCAUUAAUUGAUUGCUCAAAAUCGGAGCCCACUUGAGGAUCAAUAAGUGUAACAGAAAGGACGUUAUUGUUUUCACCAUCAAUACAAGCGACAAACUGUUUGUUGGCAGUAAGUUUAUGUAAAGUGGCUUUAGCAUCAUCAGCAUAGUCCGAACCAGUAGAAGGGAAUUGAACAAACGUAAGAGUGGCAGUGUGCGCUUGAGGUUUCAGGACACGGUAAUUUUCGGGCAAAGAAAAAAGAUUCUUAAAGGGAAUCUGCUCAACACUUCCGUAAUCAUAGAGCACCACAUCAGCGAUGUUGUUGUCGCGAUCACAACGAAGAAUGCGUGCUCUGUACAUAGCGUUAUCAUAGGAGGAGAGGGCGGCAAUGUUAGCACCAACCUUGAUUUGGCCAUCAAGAGAUUGUGCAUUUGCCUUGUAGGCAGCCAAAGAUUUCAUGAGUCCCUCCAAUUGUUUCACCUCGUCACCAACAAUCUGGAAAGAAAACUUGCCUUCAUCUCCGAUAUCACUCAACACGACAUCAACAUAG